AUGCAGCCGCCCCGCCAUGGCAAUGAUCCUACGAACAACGUCUCUGCGAGAUACAUCGACCCUUCCGAGCUGCUAUUCGACGACGGUAUGUCUGAUUCGUCAAGCUACUCAAUUUCGGACAGCAGUUACUCCCACGGCACGUCAAAUAGCAGUACUCUUUUCGAGACGUCGGACGGCGAAUCCGAACACAGCUGUGGAUAUGAGCUCUUGGGGUCUGACAUGGAAACAGACGAACGGUCGGGCUCGGCAGCUGUAAGUGAUUCGGAUACCGCUGAGCUUGAUCUCUCUGACCGGAGCAAGGUCGAUAAAAGGCUGUCCGACGAAUUCAUUGUACUCAGCAAGCGGGUGGUCAAUAGUGGUGGGCAACAAAGCCGACACUAUCUAGUAGUGGGCUGGAUCGUGGAAGAGAAUCUCGAAUUGUUCAAAGAGCUGACUAUGCGGAGGUGA